AGUGAAAAGGUGAUUUAAGACAAAGUUAAACAAUAAUUUAUUUAUAAGUACCUAAGUUUAGUUUUGCGAUAGAUAUUCCUAGUACAAGAUGGUAGGUCAGCGUGGGGCACAAAAAUUAGAAGAUGUGUUAACGAAAAAAGAAGUAGAUAUAAUUAUAAAUAAGUUAAAUUUUGGCCAAGAAUGGCGGCUCGUCAGCUCGGACGUCCGACAAGCUAUGGACGGGAUCGCGGGCUUCCUGGCGGACCACUUAAGGGUGACUUUACAUGUGGAGUCAGAUGAUUGUCGCGAGUCUAUCAAGCUGUUCCUGAAGCGACUGCCAGUCAACAACCAGCCUAAAGCUGAAUUCAUCAGCAGGAGUAACUACUUCAAGCGAGAGGAGCUGGGCUGCCGUCUGCUGGAUGAGAUUCGAGUGCCUAAUGAUCCUCUGCCGUGGAGCCCCCAACCCCUGGUUUACAACGAGUCCCUGAUUGUGAUGUCAGACCUAAGCCCACUGGGCUAUUCCGUUCUCCCUCAGCUGGACACCGUGGACCUUCCACACGCCAUCGCUACUGCUUCUGCCAUCGCCCGCUUCCACGCAGCCACCGCCAACUACGAGACGAAAAAACGUCUAAUCAACCCAACUUGGACCUUCUCCAAAGUAUACCCUGAAGUUUGCGAAGAGCCUACUUACACAGAUACCCCAUUCGUCCACUGUGGAGCUAAACUGAUCUACAAUUUCAUUACAAUCUUCUCUAAAAAGUACGAGAACAUUCCUAACCUAGACUCUAGGAUAGAUAAACUCUUUGUAGAAGCGUGUGACAGUGUGCAAGAGUAUGGAGAUACUUUAAACACAUUGAUUCAUAAGGAUUUGUGGAUGAACAAUAUAAUGUUUCGUUACGAAAAGGGUGUGCCAGUCAACGCCAUUCUCAUAGACUACCAAUUGAUGCGGUAUGCGCCUCCAGCGUUUGACCUGAUGAUCUUCGUGUAUCUUAUAACUACUAGACGCUUCAGAGAGAAAUACGAAAAGAGAAUAUUACUACAUUAUUUCUCUGAAUUCAUCGGCAAUUUGGAAUACUGUACGAAGAAAAGACUGGAUCUUUUAUGUUAUGACGAAGCGGAAUUUAUACGUUGGUGCGAGAAGGCUAGAUUGUUCGGAGUGAUGUUUGCAUUAAUGAACUUCCCUUACGUUCUCAUGGAUUCGAAGUCUGCUCAGAAGACGUUUGACGAUCCUGCUACUUAUCAGAAAUACUUUGCCGUGGACAGGACUGAGCCGGUGGUGGCAUAUUGUCAUGAGAACAACUUGUACAGAGAACGGCAGCUUGAAGCGUGUGAAGAAUUUGUGGAGAGGUAUGUGAAAAUUGAACAGUAACUUAGAUUAAUAUGACCCGUUGAAGCGCUUUUUGAAAGUAGUUGACACCAUGAUACAAUUUGAGAUAUCAAGGGCAAUGACGAAAUGUAGAGAAAAAUUGGUUGCGUGGGCGUGUGUGUACCUACUUAGGGUGGGUUCCACUGUCAACUUUAAAGUACGCCAUUUUGUCCAAACAUAUCGGCGCGCCAACUUGAAAUUUGAUGGUACAACUCACCCUUACAUGAUGUAAAUUUCUUCGCGUCUAUUAAAUUUUUACUAGAAUAAAUAAAAUAAAUUCAUAAAAAAUC